AUGCCAGUCACCAAUUUCUCACACCCAGACCCUUACUCCUACCAGACUGGAUUCGAUUCUUAUCAUGAAUCGGAAGCCAUCGAAGGAGCCCUCCCCGUAGGCCAGAACUCCCCCCAGAAGGCUCCGUAUGGUCUAUAUGCCGAAAAGCUGUCUGGAACAGCCUUCACUGCUCCUCGACAUGAGAACAAACAAACUUGGGUUUACAGGAUCAUUCCUGCGGCCGCCCACGAGAACUUCAAGGUCGAAAAUGGAGACUCCUAUCACACUCAUAUGACCACCGAGACCACCAAGCUCCACCACAUUCCCAAUCAGCUUCGCUGGAACCCGUUCGAUCUGGAUGAGACUGUGGACUGGGUGCAUGGACUGCAUCUCAUCGCAGGCUCCGGAGAUCCCACCCUGAAACAGGGACUGGGAAUUCUGAUGUAUGCGGCUGGAAAGGACAUGGGAAAGGAGGCCUUUUAUUCUGCGGACGGUGAUUUCCUGAUUGUCCCACAGCACGGCGUGCUAGACAUUCAGACUGAAUUGGGAAGACUUAUCGUCCGCCCAAAUGAAAUUUGUGUCAUUCCUCGUGGUGUCAGAUACCGCGUAACUCUGCCAGAUGGCCCGGUAAGAGGGUACAUCUGCGAGCUCUACCAAGGUCACUAUCAACUCCCAGAACUUGGUCCCAUUGGUUCGAACUGCCUCGCCAAUGCGCGUGACUUCCAAGCUCCUGUAGCUUCUUUCGAUGAUGAAGAGGAACCAUCCGAAUACCGCCUGUACAGCAAAUUCAACAACACCCUUUUCUCCGCUCGCCAGGAUCACACUCCAUUCGAUAUCGUCGCCUGGCACGGCAACUACUACCCUUACAAGUAUGACCUAGGUCGCUUUAACACCAUUGGCUCUAUUUCCUUUGAUCACCCCGACCCUUCCAUUUUCACUGUCCUCACCGGCCCAUCUGACCAUGUCGGAACCGCCAUUGCUGACUUCGUCAUCUUCCCUCCGCGAUGGUUGGUGCAAGAAAACACCUUCCGUCCGCCAUGGUACCACCGUAACACCAUGUCCGAGUUCAUGGGCUUGAUCUCGGGCAACUAUGAUGCGAAAACCGGCGGCGGCUUCCAGCCAGCCGGAGCCAGUCUGCAUAAUGUCAUGAGCGCGCACGGUCCCGACACCGAUGCUUUCGAGGGGGCCAGCAAUGCUGAACUGAAGCCGCAGAAGGUCGGUGAUGGAAGCAUGGCAUUCAUGUUUGAAAGUUCUCUCAUGGUCGGUGUAUCCGAAUGGGGUCUCAAGACGUGCCAGAAGGUACAGGAAGAGUACAACGAGCAUAGCUGGCGGCCAUUGAAGAGGCACUUCAAGAACCCUAACAAGGCCUGA